AUGUCGUCCGGCGCGCGCUUCCUGCGCCUUCUCCGGACGCCGGUCCGCCUGCCGUCGCGCCGCUUCUGCGCGGCCAAUGCCAAGCCCACGGCGAAACCUGCCGCCCCGGAGAAGGCCAUCUCCGCCUCCAUCCCGUACGCGAACCUCUCCGUCGGCGUCGCUAAGGAGACCCUCGCCUCCGAGGCCCGCGUCGCCCUCACCCCCGCGGGCGUCGCCACGCUGCGCAAGGCCGGCCUCGGCGCCGUCUUGGUCGAGGCCGGCGCGGGCGCCCCGUCAGAGUUCUCGGACGCCGCGUACAAGGCCGCGGGCGCUAAGCUCGUCGAGCGCAAUGACGCCCUCAACGCCGAUAUCGUGCUUGCCGUUCGACCCCCGCCAAAUCAUCUCGUGGAUAAGCUUAAGGACCGCGCCGUCCUGGUCUCGCAUAUCCAGCCGGCUGUCAAUGAAGGCCUUGUAGAGGCCCUGCGUGAACGGGGCGUCACUACGCUUGCGAUGGACCAGAUCCCGAGGACUCUAUCCCGUGCCCAGGCGUUUGACACGCUUAGUUCCAUGGCCAAUAUCGCGGGGUAUCGCGCUGUCAUCGAGGCUGCCAAUGUCUUCGGCAGGUUUUUCACUGGUCAGAUUACUGCUGCCGGAAAGAUCCCUCCGGCAAAGGUUCUCGUUAUCGGAGGAGGUGUCGCGGGACUCAGCGCUGUUGGCACUGCCAAGAAUAUGGGAGCCAUUGUCCGCGUUUUCGAUACCAGGGCUGCUGUUGAAGAACAGGCAAAGUCUUUGGGCGCAGAAUUCUUGAAGGUCGAUAUCAAGGAAAGCGGCGACGGUGCCGGAGGCUACGCGAAGGAGAUGUCAAAGGAAUAUCAGGAAGCCCAGUUGGAACUCUUUAGACAGCAGGCAAAGGACAUUGAUAUCAUCAUUUCCACUGCCCUUAUCCCUGGAAAGAAGGCACCUGUGCUCAUCACAAAAGACAUGGUCGAAUCUAUGAAACCUGGAAGUGUUACCGUCGAUUUGGCAGCUGAGGCUGGAGGCAACGUCGAAACCACAGUCCCAGGAGAAAUAUGGCGUUCACCAAAUGGUGUCUCGUGCAUCGGAUAUACAGAUCUUCCCUCUCGUCUCGCGGCGCAAAGUUCCUCAUUGUACUCCAACAACAUCACCAAGUUCCUUCUCUCAAUGGGACCUCAAACCACGAAGGUCAAGGGUGAGUUCCUCAUCGACCAUGAAGAUCAAGCCGUGCGAGGCGCUCUUGUGACAGAGUCUGGAAAGAACAUGUGGCCAGCGCCCCCCCUCCCGCCCCCGCCCCCACCGAAAGCAUCUGCCGUGAAGCCUGUGGUUCCAGAAGUUGUCGUCGAUCCUCGACAAGCCGCUAUGAGCAAGGCAAUGGCCACGACCGGGGCCGUAGGUGGUGCUCUGGCCCUCGGUGUGCUCUCCCCUAAUCCGGCCACGUCUUCCAUGCUUGCCAAGUUUGGUCUUGCCAGUGUUUGUGGAUACCAGACUGUCUGGGGAGUUGCCCCAGCCCUGCAUUCUCCGCUUAUGAGUGUCACGAAUGCGAUUUCUGGACUGACGGCCGUUGGUGGACUCAUAUGUAUGGGUGGAGGCUUCUUGCCGGAUUCCACUGCUACGGCACUUGCCGCCUCUGCCGUUCUUGCUUCAGCAGUGAACAUUGGUGGUGGUUUUACCGUGACGCAACGAAUGCUGGACAUGUUCAAGAGACCAGGCGAUCCGGAAGAGCAUAACGAUGUCUUCAAGUAUCCGACCGCAGCUUUGGCAGUAGGUUCCAUUGCGGGCAUUACAUUGGGGGCGAGUGAAAUGGCAAACCUGGCCUACCUCGCCUCUUCCACCGCAUGCAUUGGAUCCAUUGCAUGCCUUGCUCAGCAGAAGACUGCUAGACUGGGAACCACUCUUGGAAUGAUGGGUGUUACGGGAGGAGUUGCAACCGCUCUCGCUGCUGCACCAACUACAAUUCCUCUCUUGUGCCAAAUGCUUGGUACCUUGGGUGUUGGAGCAGCUGCUGGUAACUUUAUUGCUAAGAACAUGAAGAUCACGGAACUUCCGCAAAUGGUCGCCGCUUUCCACAGCUUGGUCGGUCUUGCAGCAGUCACAACGUCUGCAGCUUCAUUCCUCGCGACAGCAGACCCGUCGCACCUUGACCUCGUCCACAAAACGUCCCUCUACCUCGCCACGUUUGUUGGAGCAGUAACGUUGACUGGGUCUGCCACAGCUUUUGGCAAAUUGCAUGGAAUUUUGAAAUCAGCACCUCUUGACCUUCCGAGCAAAAACACCAUCAACGCCGGCCUCGCUGCUGGUAAUGCUAUUGCAGGACUGGCCUUCCUUGCCUCUGGUAAUCCCACCCUCGGCAUUGCUUGCAUUGCCGGCUCGACAGCGAUGGCUGGAGUGAUGGGAGCACACAUGACGGCCAGUAUUGGCGGUGCCGAUAUGCCCGUGGUCAUUACACUCUUGAAUUCGUACAGUGGAGUAGCACUUGUUUGCGAAGGUUUCCUUCUCAAUAACGAUCUUCUCACUGUCGUUGGAGCGCUUAUCGCCUCGUCAGGGGGUAUCCUCAGCUACAUCAUGUGCCAGGCUAUGAACAGAAGUCUAACUAAUGUCAUUCUCGGAGGUUACGGCACUACCACGAAGAAGAAGGAUGCCGGUGACGGACCGGUGCUAGAGCAUCAAGAAGUCGACGUACCAACGGUUGCAGACGCGCUUACUAUGGCGAAGCGUAUCACCAUUGUACCUGGAUACGGCUUGGCAGUGGCAAAUGCGCAGUACGCCAUUGCAGAUAUGGUGAAGACGUUGCGCGAGAAGGGGAACAUUGAUGUCCAGUUUGCCAUUCAUCCGGUCGCUGGCCGCAUGCCCGGGCAGCUCAACGUCCUUUUGGCAGAGGCGGGAGUUCCGUAUGACAUUGUGCACGAGAUGGAUGAAGUUGCUGACACACUCGGUGAUACAGACGUCGCCCUGGUUAUAGGUGCGAACGACACCGUAAGCCUCGCGGCUGAGGACCCCGACAGUGUCUUGUACGGGAUGCCUGUGAUUCCAGUAUGGAAUGCCAAGCAAGUGUACAUUCUGAAGAGAUCGUUGGCGGCAGGGUACGCCGGUGCAGACAACCCAUUGUUUUUUGAACCGAAUUCGGCCCUUCUCUUGGCAGACGCCAAGAGCUCUUGCGAAGCUUUGAAGACGAAGGUUAAUGAGUCUUUUUCCUAAUCCAAUCACGUGAUGUUUGCAGUAGAUGGAGGCAUUGAAACUGUGGUACCGAAAGCAGCAUACGGGAAUGCGUUUGUGGUUUGAAUGCCCGAGAUAUGUAAAGCGGUUCGCCAACGUAGAGAUAUCGCUGCUUUGGUUGUUGCGCGUGCUUUUCACGAACGGAUGGGACGGUGGAGCAAGUAUUGUUUACAGAAGCGGAAUAACAUCUUUCCUUCUGUAGGUGGUCGCAAGAUUUAGCCUUCUGACUGUUCUGGAUAGCCUUUCCCGACGUUCCCAUGUGUUCUCUGCUCUAGAGGAAUAUCUCUUACAAGGGUCCGUAUCAUUGCGCCACCAUAGCGUCUGGUUGCGUCUUUAUGGUAUGCACUUUACAAACCUUGUCUCGAUCUUUUGACGAAAACCUUUCUGUAAAGUGGCAGGUUUGUUCCAGUGAG